GUCAUUCGCAGACGAAGGUAAUGCAAUAAUGCAAUAAAAUUUUUGCGCGCGCAUUUCUCCUCUGCUCUUGGAGGUAGUAGUACUAGUACAUAACGGUGGAACGUAGGACAGCAGCCGUGGGUGGGUUAAAAAAAUAACACUCGAAUUCUGCUGCUGCUCUCUCGCUUUCUCUCUCUCGCCGUCGUGCUGCCGCCACUCGCUCCAUCUCCCUCUCAGUCGCGACGCGUGUGUGCGAGUGUAUGUGUGCAUCUGUGUGUGGGUGACGAUUCCCAUUCGAAUGCAAUUCGUUUUUCGUUGAUUUCUCGCAGUCGUCGGCAUUUCGUUUGGGGAAGCGAAGCCCCAGCGCAAUCAGUGGCAACGUCUCACAAUCUCAGUGACACGCCGUCGGUACGGUACACGGAGUCGGGAGUCGUCAACGGACACGUACACGGACACGGACACGGACACACGGGGUCCCCAACAACAAUCGAAUCGAAUCGAAUCGCAUUCAUUCAUUCACCAAAUCUAUAUUCAAAUAUUCGACCAAAAUAUUCAAAUGUCUAUCCAACGAAAUGGCUGAAACCAAAAUUUUAAUUCAAAAUCUCACCUAAACCAAGUGCGCGUUGUGAGUGUUUUGUGUUGGAGUGUUUUAUGUAAUAUUCAAAUUGUUCAGACACAAUUAAGUAUACUAAAGAAAAAAAAAUUACAAAUUAGAGAGUAAUUAAAGCAAAAGGGCAAAAAACGAAACAUAAAUCGGUUAAUAAAGCCGCUCUCAAAAUAACAAACAAGAAAAGUGUCGGCCAUGAUGAAGUAUGGAUUCUGUGACAAGUGAACAAAGUGAAAAGAACACUAACAGUAAUACAGAAAUCAAUAACAACAACUCAACGACGUUCAACAACAACAAUUCAACAACAAUCCAUACCAAUUCAACAACAAUCCCCAAUAAUUACAGGAUCAACUUAAGCAACAACCAUCCAGCAACGUUUAACCACUAUUCAACAACUUUCAACAACAAUCAAAUCAGAAACUUCAACAACAACGGCCACAUCCACAACAACUUAAGCUGCAUCGUCCCCAACAAUCUUACCUGCAACAUUCACAAUUGCAGCAGCAACAUCAUACCAAUCCUCACCAGCAAUAUGAACACCACAGCCAUGUUGAUGCACCAUCAACAGCAGCAGCAGGCCGCCGCCGCGGCAGCAGCAGCAGCAGCCGCCCAACAGCAGCAGCAACAACAGCAACAGCAGCAGCAACAGCAGCAGCAACAGCAACAGAACGGCCGCGACGGCAGCAACAGCUCUCGAGGAGCCAACGAUGAUCGACCCAAUGGUCGAAGUUCUCAUACGGGACGUGGCUCCAGCUGCUCGCCGGCCAGCUCGCCGAGUCGCCAUCCCAGCGCCGUGAGUCCCGUCAGCUCCCUGAAUCACUCGAUGAUGGCCCAAAUGCAACAGCAACAGCAGCAGCAGCAGCAACAACAGCAACAGCAGCAACACCAUCAGCUGAGUCCCCCGCCGCAUGUGGGAGCUGGUGGCAUGCCCACGGGCAAUGGCUUGCCCGCUGGACUGCCGCCGAGAAUGCCGCACGGCCUGCCACCGCACUCGCUCGGUCUGCUCAACUCGCUGCAGAUGAUGCACCAUGCCUCGCCGCUGGAGCUGAUGGCUGCCGCCCAUCACCAUGUGCCGCCGCGAUCGUACAACUCGCCGCCGCCCAUCUCCACCUCCGAUCCGAGCGCCAACGAGUGCAAGCUGGUGGAGUACCGCGGCCAGAAGGUGGCCGCCUUCAUCAUCAGCAACGAGACAAUGCUCUGCCUGCCGCAGGCUUUCGAGCUCUUCCUCAAGCACCUGGUGGGUGGCCUGCACACGGUCUACACGAAGCUGAAGCGCCUGGAUAUUGUGCCCUUGGUGUGCAAUGUGGAGCAGGUGCGAAUACUCCGCGGUCUGGGGGCCAUCCAGCCGGGCGUCAAUCGCUGCAAGUUGCUCAGCUGCAAGGACUUUGAUGUGCUCUACAGGGACUGCACCACAGCCAGAUGCCUAUCGAUCAAGCCACCAGAGAGUAACUCUCUGCAAUUCCGCAGUUCCAGACCGGGUAGACCGCCCAAACGAGGACCCGUGGGUCUCUCCCUGCCGCCCAGCCAUCUAUCCCAGCAUCCGCAGCUGAAGAAGCACCGCCUGGACAACGGCGACUAUGCUUAUGAGAAUGGCCAUAUUAGUGAUAUGAAUCGAUUGGAGAAGUCGCCACUGCUGGCUAAUGGCUACAAUCCGCCGCCCAUCAAUCACAUGGCCUUUAUGCAAAUGAAUGCCCAUCAUCCUGGGGCGGCGGCUCUGAUGUCUCCUGGCAUGCCUCCGCAUGGCCUGCAUGCUCGUCCCGAGAGCCAAAUGCUGAAGGCCGCCGCCCAGAAUGCCGGCAUGUCGGCUGCCAAUAUGGAUGCGCUUGCCCGCUCUGGGAUCUGGGAGAAUUGCCGGGCUGCCUAUGAGGAUAUUGUCAAGCAUUUGGAGCGUUUGCGGGAGGAGCGAACGGACGAGCGGCAGCAGGUGAUGGGCGUCAGUGGCGCUGUUGUGGAUCGCGUGGGUCAUGUCAUAGUGGGCGACGUGAAGCCCAGGGAUCUCAGUUCAAGGAAUUGCUCCCCCACGCGCCAGAGUCCGGUGUUAAAUCUAAGCAAAUCCGGCGGCAACACCGAUCAUGGUGGCAGCAACUGUGAUGCCGGCAGCGAGCGUAGCGACUGCCACUCGGUGGCAGGAUCCGCAAGGGGCUCGCGCAGCGUGGACGAGGGCAGUCGCAGUGGCGGCGUUGGCGGUGGCAUCAUCGGCGUGGAGGACGACGAGGAGGAGGAGGAGAACCUGAGCGACGAGAAUCAAUCCGAAGCCGAUGAACGCUGCCUGGCCAAAGACGAUGAGGAUUUGAGUGACACGGAACGUGAUAAUCUGUCCACGGGUUCGGCGGCCGCCGCCGCAGCAGCAGCCGCGGCAGCAGCGCACCUGCACCAACAUGCAGCAGCCGCCUCGCACCACCAUCAGGCAGCAGCGGCGGCAGCCGUGCACCACCUCGGUGUGGUGCCGCAACGCGGCUCCCCUUCUGCGGAGGCAGCCGCUGCCGCCGCCCUGCAACAUCAGCGCGCCCUCAACUACUCGCAGCUGGCGGCAGCCGCUGCGGUGGCCAAUGGGGCAGGUGCUGCUGUGGUCAAUGGUCCGCCUGGCGCCGUGGGCGGUGGCGCCCUCACCCCCAACGAGGCGCUGAUGGCGGCUAACGAUGCCACCGCUGCAGCAGCCCUGGCCGGCGGCCUGGCCCUGGGUCCCCUCGGCAUCGAUGCCCACGCCGCUGUGCCCGCAAGCUCCACGGAGACGCUGCUGCGGAAUAUCCAGAGCCUGCUCAAGGUGGCAGCCGAUAAUGCCCGGCAGCAAGAGCGUCAAAUCAGCUACGAAAAAGCUGAGCUCAAGAUGGAUGUUCUGCGAGAGCGUGAGGUGAAAGAUUCGCUGGAGAGACAACUGGUUGAUGAAAGGAAAUUGAGAGUGCUGUACCAAAAGCGCUUCCGACGAGAGCGCAAGAUCCGCAUUCGCUACCAGCAGCAGCUCGGUGGCGGCCCCAAGAUUAGCAGUUCGAAUGCCAAUGGGAAUGGCGGUGGCGCCUGCAGCGACGCGGAGGUGUGCGGGGGCAGCAGCGUCAGCGACGUGAAGUGCCACAACAGCAGCAGCAAUAGCCGCGACGGCGUCGAGGCGCUCAAAGACAACGACGGCGGCAGUCGCGGCGGCAGCGAAAAGUCUGACAAGUCCCUCAGCUCCUCCUCCUGUGAUGUGACCGGCCAUGUCACGGCCUCCACUGCAGUCGCAGCCUGCUCCGAGUCCCCCACCCACUUCAAGCGCGAGCCGCACUCCGACCACGAGGGAUCCAUGGAGCGCCAGCCCCGCGCCAGCUCCGGCCCCGAGGACGAGCCGCGCUGCGGCAGUCGCGAGCGGGACGAACGGCCUCCCAGCGCUGCUGCCGUGGCCGCCGCAGCAGCUGCGGCUGAGGGUAGCCUGGCCGCAGCAGCGGCGGCGGCAGCAGCGGCCGCUGCCAGCAACGGCAAGGGUCCAUGGAGCUAUCCGGGCAUCGAUCUGAUGGCCACGGGGGCCUUCUGGCAGAACUAUUCCGAAUCUCUAGCCCAAGAGCUGGAAAUGGAGCGCAAAACGCGUGCCGCCAACGCCGAGCGGGAUGUCAAGAGUCCGCUCUCAGAGCGUCCGACGGCCUACUACAAGAACUCGGUGCUCUUCGGCAGUGCCAACUAAUCCCCGUCCCAACCGAGUCCAGACGAGGUAAGCGAAGCUCCGGGUGGCACGUGGCAAGGACGACAUAUAUGAUCUCAGAGUGCAAUCCAGGCGGCGGCUGCUCUUGAGUGGGAGGUGUGGUGGUAGGGCGCGAGACCCCCUGCAAGAUACAUUUGUAAAUAUCAAACCUAAGAGUAAUGAAGUAGAAAUUGAGAAUUUUGAACGUUGCAAACGUUGGAGCGGCCAUUUUGUAUAUAGAUCGUAUAUAGAGAACUUCCGCUUAGAUCAAAUAAUCCCCAGUUGUAUAUAGAAAGCAGAUACGAAAGACUUUUGAUGUUCGGAAAGCACUUGAAGUUGGCAUAAACCUAGCAUUUAGCAUCCCCCCCCCUUCAGAACGCCCCCCCGAAAAACAGAAGGAAUACCAUUUUUAGCAUUGCUUAUAAACACACUACGAUAUAUAGCUUCAAUUUGAGUAUGAGUACUAUAUACAUAUACGGAAAUACCACAUGUAAUUGCAUAUAUAUGUAUGUGUAUGUAUGUAUGUGUCUGUGUAUGUGAAACCUAAAGAUACAAUAUACUUAGAUAUGGUACAUUUUACGAGCCGCUUUUUAGUGUUUUAAAUGAUUUAAUUUACGACGUACGAGUACAUUUUUUAAAGCUAAGAUUUUAAUUUAUUCACUAGCCUAGCGCAGGAGUGCAUUAAGCCCGUAAUAAGUACUAAAAAAAGGAUAGCGUCUAAUACAAAAUUAACUUCAAGUAUUUCACUUGCCUAGGCACUAAACAAUAAUUCAUAUUAUACAUAUAUCUAAUGAUAAAUAUUAAUGAAACAAAAUAAUAAUAAACGCUAAACAAAAACAAAAACAAAAAAUAAAAACCACUUGUAUGCCCGUCAUUCAAAAAUAUGUUACAAAAUACGAAAAAAUUGAGAUACAAAAAUAUAUAUAUAAAAAAAAAAUGGAAAUUAAAAACUAUUUAAACGCUUCAUAUGCUAUUAUAUAUACACCCUAUAUAUAGUAUAUAUACACACACAUUAACUUUAGUCAUAACAAUAGUCAAAGGACAGAUACAACACUCCAUCAACAAUGGCGGCCCGAAUAUUGUGCAACAUUUCGCCGAUCGCUGCAAAAACACAGAAAAUUAUUACAAUAAAUACGAUUAAAAUAAUACAGCAACAGACAGCAGACAAAAAGGCAACAAGAAACAACAACAACAACAACCUAACAAAAUGGGAAAAAGUUUAAAAAU